AUGAACAAAAUAAAAGUCAAACCACUAGGUGCGGGAAAUGAAGUAGGGCGAUCUUGUAUAUUAAUUUCUUAUAAUAAUAAAAAUAUUAUGUUUGAUUGUGGUGUUCAUUCGGCACACACUGGUAUUGCAUCUUUGCCUUUUUUAGACACAGUUGAUUUAAGUACUGUAGAUGCUUGUUUUAUAACACAUUUUCAUUUGGAUCACGCAGCAGGUCUCCCUUAUUUAACUGAAAAAACGAAUUUUAAAGGAAAAGUCUUUAUGACACAUCCUACUAAAGCAAUUUUAAGGUGGAUGCUUAAUGAUUAUGUAAGAAUUAUUAAUGCUAGUUCUGAUGUAGAUUUUUACACAGAAAAGGAUUUAAAUAACUGUUAUAACAAGAUUAUUCCAAUUGAUUAUCAUCAAGAAAUUAAUAUUGAAGGUAUUAAAGUGAUAGGUUUAAACGCAGGACAUGUAUUGGGUGCUGCAAUGUUUUUAAUAAAGAUAGAAGAUUCUGUAAUGUUGUAUACAGGAGAUUAUAGCAGAGAAGAAGAUAGACACUUAAAAGCAGCGGAAAGUCCUAAUUGUAAAAUUCAUGCUUUAAUAACUGAAAGUACAUAUGGUGUUCAAUGUCAUUUAUCUAGGGAUGAACGUGAAAGUAGAUUUACAAGCACAAUCACAAAAAUAGUAACAAGAGGAGGAAGAUGCUUACUGCCUGUAUUUGCAUUGGGGAGAGCGCAAGAAUUACUGUUAAUACUGGAUGAACACUGGUCUAAUAAUCCACAACUACAUAGCAUACCUAUAUAUUAUGCAUCAGCAUUAGCCAAAAAAUGUAUUGGUAUUUAUCAGACUUAUAUUAAUAUGAUGAAUGAUCAUAUCAAAAAAAGCAGUUCAAUUAAAAAUCCUUUUGCAUUUCAAUAUGUUAAAAAUUUAAAAAGUAUUGAUUUCUUUGAAGAUAAUAGUCCAUGUGUAAUUAUGGCAAGUCCGGGAAUGUUACAAAGCGGCCUUUCAAGGGAAUUAUUUGAAAAAUGGUGUGGUGAUAGGCGAAACGGGGUAAUAAUUCCGGGGUAUUCUGUAGAUGGAACACUUGCAAAAGAAAUACUAAAUGAACCUAAAGAAGUAAUGUCUAUGAAAGGUAAUGUUCUUAAACUUAAUAUGUCAGUGGAUUACAUUUCUUUUAGUGCACACGUUGAUUUUGCACAGAAUGUUCAAUUUAUUGACGAAUGCCAGCCUGAUCAUUUAUUUUUUGUACACGGAGAAGCCAAUGAAAUGAAUAGAUUAAAGAAUGUUAUAGCACAAAGAAAUGAAAAGAAAAAUGUACAAAUGGAACUAUAUACACUUAGAAAUUGCGAAGAAGGUUCUUUUGAUGUAAAAAAGAAAACAGAAGCAAGUAUUGUUGGCGAUAUUGAAGGUGAAUUUGAAGGAAUUCUUGUAGAAAAUUCUGGGGAUAUACAAAUUUAUCGUAAAAAUGAACUUGGAGAAUUAAAACUUAAAGAAGUGGUGUUUUUACAAAAACAAAAGAUACCGUAUAAUUGCACACCAUUUUUAGUCAAACAGGUCUUGUACGAUUCAUUCGAAGAAGUUUUGGAAAUUAAUGGUGGUAUUAAAAUACGAAAUAUCAGUGUUACAAUUAAAAAUGAUGAAGUUAUUCUUGAAUGGAAGAGUAAUUAUAUUGAUGAUGUAGUUGCAUUGAAUAUUAAUAAUAUCGUGAAAAAUAUUACAGAUAAUGUAAAGAACAUUAAAAAAAAUAAAAUGUGCAAGAAAGACGUUUUAAUAGAAUUUCUUAAAGCAUCAUAUUUUGUGGAAGAGCUUGAUGGACAAAUUAAGGUGUCGGGAUUUGAUGAAACUUUGUUAAUUAAUGUAUAUGAGGACAGUUUUGAGAUUUUGCACAAAAAUAGGCUUUUUGAUGGAGUUAAUAACAUUCUUUCUAGAGUAGAACGUUUAUAUAGCAAUUUAUAA